ACUCUCCCCAUAAUGUCUAACGAAGAGCCACCUCUCCCUCUCUCAGACCUGCAAAUUGACGAUGGGGAGAAAGAAAGGCCCGUCCGAUCCGCUGCCGUGGAGCAAGACGCGCGCGAGGAAGCUCUCCGUGCAGAAUUAGCUGGUGUACAGCAGGUCAAUUCCGUCAUCGAAGGAGUGGUAUCGUCUUUAGAGAAAGCAAAGGAGAAUAUGGAGGUGAGCUUUGGGUCCCCGAUCUCUGUGGGCUGGGGUAGUUAACCGUUGAAAUUUGCUGGUUUAGACCGUUUCUACCACAGUUGCAUCCGCGAAUACUCUCCUUGAUUUAUGGAUUCGUAUUUUGAGCCAGACGGAGCAUACACAACGAUUACUGCUCUCCGGACAUUGGGAGGGUGCCACACAGGACUUGAAUGAUAUCGAGGCAGAAGCCGCAGCUAAAAUUCAAGAAGCCGAACGGAAGAGGGAGGAAGAGAGGGAGCGUGCGGCUGCGAGGGAAAGAGAAGCUGUGGCUGCUGAAGCUAGGAGGGCGGCAGCUGAGAGAAAGCCUACUAGAGGGAGGAGAACUGGUGGGUCGGGAACUGGUAGGGGUGGGAGCUCCGGUGGGUCCAGGAUCGGGGCUCCAACUUCCUCUUCCUCUUCCACUGGCACUGGAACGGGAAGGGGGACUAGGGGUGGAAGAGGAACUAGAGGAGGAUCUGGGAUUGGACGAGGCCUCCCGAGAAGAGGGGUUAAAUGAGGGGAGAAUCCUUGGGCAGUGCGGAGGGCUUUUGUGCAAAUUUACAGUUUGGGGGUGGAGUUCUAUCAGUUGUUCCUUCAGAGGAAAUGGUUUGUUUUCAUAUUCGAGGGCCUCUUUUUUUAUGGCAAUAGGUGGGUUGGGGAUAAUACAGAACUUGUUAAUCAAACUAGAAGGAGGUAUCUGCCCCGGAUGGAUAGAUACCCCAAUUAAAAGCACAUGAUUAUGCAAUUCC